CGGAAUUCGCGGGGUUUCGUUAAAGGUUUGAAGCUGCUUCUCCGUUGUCGUCAUCUCUCUCUCUCGCCAUCUUCUUCAACGACAUCGACCGCUUUUGCACGAUCUCCUUCCAGCUAAUGCCUGUUGUUGUUGGGUCCCGAUUGGCUCCGAGGCGAUAGCGGAAAGAGGAUGAAGUUCGGCGAGACGUUUAUGGAGUACCUGCAUGGAGAGCAGGAGCGGUUUCUGGGCGAGUGCUCUCAUGUCGAGUACAAGAGGCUGAAGAAGGUCCUCAAGAGAUGCCGCACCUGCAAAUCGUUGCACCGGCCUUGCGACGCGGGGCGAGGAGAGGAUGGCGCGGGGCGAGGAGAAGAGGACGGGUCGCCGCAGCUGUGCCAAUGCGAAGCUUGUCCGGAGUGUGAUCAGCUGUUUUUCUCUGAGUUGAUGAAGGAAGCUUCAGAAAUAGCUGGAUGCUUUAAUUCAAGAGUUAGACAUCUUCUCCAUCUUCUUGUUGCAACUGGGAUUCAGAGGUACAUACAGUGCUUUCGUCCAUGUUUUAAGGGCGAUCAACAAGUCCUGUCAGAAGAAGGAAGAAUAUUGAUAGAAUAUGUCACUAUGAAUGCAAUUGCCAUCAGAAAAAUCCUGAAGAAGUAUGACAAGGUUCAUGGCUCUGUCAAUGGGGAGCAUUUUAGAUCUAAGAUGCGGGCCGAGCAUAUAGAGCUCUUGCAAUCACCAUGGCUAAUAGAACUGGGAGCUUUCUAUUUGAAUUCCAGAGGAUUAGACGCUGAAGAGUGUGCUGACUGUUCUACUCAGUUUUCAUUUCAUUCUGAUGAGACAAAAUCUGCUCUGAUAAUGUCACUUCCAGGUUCUAUAAAGCUAGAAUAUGAUCUGACCUGCGCUAUUUGCCUGGACACCGUUUUUAACCCAUAUGCACUUAGCUGUGGACAUCUUUUUUGCAAGUCAUGUGCUUGCUCUGCGGCAUCUGUGAUGAUCUCCGAAGGACUUAAGGCGGCAAGUGAGGAUGCCAAAUGUCCGGUUUGUAGAGAGGCUGGAGUUUAUGGCAAUUCUGUGCAUUUGUCAGUGCUAAAUCUGCUCUUGAAGAAAAGGUGCAAGGAAUACUGGGAGGAGAGGUUGAGCGCCGAACGCGAUGAGAUGUUGAAACAGUCUAAAGAGUAUUGGGACAGGCAAACGAAGUACAUGAUCGGAUAUUUUUAAUGACGCCAUUCUGUCUUCCGGAGAGACAAUGCGCGAGGAACGGAGUGUUAAGCUUUGUGGACAGAAGAUUGUGUCGAGAAGCCUUUGCAUUUGAAAUUCCUGAAGUGAUUGAACAGGGUGAGGUGAAGUAUUUAUCAGUAGUGUAGUAAUUAUGAGGGAGUUCAGUAUCGACAAUACGUAGAUGUUGGGAUUCGAGGUUUGACAUGUUGCUGAAGAUCGCAUCUGUUUGUUUUGUGAUUGAUUUAUACGGUUCGCUGAAAGAUUGGAAUUGUCGGAUCGAGGUUUGACAUGGGGGUGAAGAUUAUUUUCCGACUUUUUUUUGUUUAUGGAUAUUAUAAGCAUGUUAAAGUUACUAGCUUUUAUGAAGAAAUUAUCAAUUCUUGUUCCAGUCAA